CACGCCGCCGACGAAGGUCUCCUGAGGCGGCAGCGGACCCUGCGCGGCCCUUCAAGGUGUCCCUCAUCCAUCAGCAAUGAAGUGACUUCACUCUCUGCACAGAGCACGCUGUCAAGAAGAGCUAAAAGCUUUAGAAUAACUGUUUCCUUUCAUUGUAUUACCCUUUCCCGUUUGUGGGAGAAGAGUCAUGAAGAACCGUUCCUCAUCUCCCCCUUUGCACGUCCAUGUGGAUGAAAACACCCCUGUCCAUGUCCAUAUUAAAAAGGGUCAGAAAACCACACCUGCAAAAUGCCAGCAAAAGCACAAGCAGAAAAUUAAAGGGGAUACUGUCAACAUGUGCCGAUCUGUCCGUGUGAAAACUAAGGCCCCCUGGAUGCCCCCUGGCAAAAUGUCUGUCCGGGAGUCCACCUGCAGAUUGGAGGGACCAACUCACCGCCUGGACACCACACCUCCAGACUCAGAACAAAAGAUGUCAGUAUUGCGCUUGUGUGACCUCUGUACAGAUGAGGUGGGUGCUACUUGCUGCAAAAUGAACCAAUACGCGAAGAAGAUCGAUAGACUGGCAAAUAUGGUGGGAACACUGAAGAAUGAGGCCAAGCUGCAGAAACAGGAGGAACAGCAAAAAAUGACAAAGCGUCUCCUUGAGGAGCAGAAAGAAGAGCUGAACGAGGUCACACAAGAGCUGGUAGAAACAGAACAUGAGAAUUCCCUGCUCAGGCGCGAUAUUGAGCGCAUAAAGGAAGAGAAAGAUCUGACUGUGCUGCAGAAAAACUACUUGCAGCAUGAGAAAGAGUGUUUGAUGUCCAAGCUGAGUGAGGCAGAACGGGAUGGAGCAGCAGCAGCCAGGCAGAUCCAUAGCUUGAAAAAUACAAUUGGGAGACUCAACAUUGAGAAACACAUGAGCAGCUCAGACAUUAACUCACUGACAAGGCAAAAAGAGCUGCUUCUCCAGAAAUUGAGCACCUUCGAAGAAACCAACCAGACACUGCGAGAACUUCUCAGAGAGCAGCACAACCGGGAGAAGGGUGCUCAGAAGAUAUUGGAGCGUCAAGGACUUCUGCUGAAAAGGCUGGCUGACUCAGAUGCAGAGAAAAUGGAACUUCAGCUGAGGCUUCAGGAGAAAGAAGAAGAAGUGGACAGUCUCAACAUUCAGAUACAGACAGAAAAGGACCAGGCAAAGACAGCAUGUGAACUCUCCAAAUCUAUGGAGGCCGUGAGAGGCCGUUUACAAGCGCAGCUGCGGAACAAAGAGGCUGAGAACAACCGCCUGACUGUACAGAUACGGAAUCUGGAGCGCGGUGAAGCUCAGCACAAGGCAGAGAUGGAAGAGGCCAUGGAACAGAUGAAAGAACUGAAGCAGAAGGCAGAGCGUGAUAAAGAGGCCCUGAAGAAAGCCAUGCGUGCGCAGAAAGAGCGGGCAGAGCGAAGUGAGGCCUACGCAGAGCAAUUGACUGUCCAGCUAGCAGAAAAGGACACUUACGUUGCUGAUGCCAUGUCCACUCUGGAGUCCUGGAGGAAUCGCUGCAACAAAGUAGUAAAGGACAAGACUGACCUCGAACUGGAAAUUGUUACGUUGAACAGCCGUGUUGCAGACUUGCUGGAACAGCAGGCAACCCUGGAGGACAGGACGCGGGAGGACAGAGAAGCCUUGGUGGAGAGAUUGCAACGACAGACUACAGAGAACACGUCUUUCAAAAUGGAGAAUGAAAGGCUGAAGGCUAGUGUGAUCCCAAUGGAGGAGAAGCUGAACCAAGCACAGAUGGAAGUGCAGCAGCUCAGGAGCUCUGUCAAGAGCUAUGAAGAGAUGAUUGAAAGCUACAAGUCACAGGUGACAAAGACCCAAAUGGAAGCAGAUGAAGCAGCCGCAAAGCUGGAGGAGUAUGAUAAAGAGAACAGGACACUAAAAGAUGAAAUGAACAAGGAGAUUGAACUGGCGCGUAAGCAGUUCCAGAGCCAGCUUGCUGAACUGGAAAAGCUGCCCGAGAUCCUAAAGCUCACAGAGACACAGCUAGCAGAAUGUCAGGACCAGCUUCAGAGUUACGAGAAGAAGAACAUGGACCUCUCUGUCAUGAUUGCAGAUCUUCGUCAGCGGAUUGAGCUCCAGGGGGACAAAAUGGAGAUAACAAGAGAGAGGUAUCAGUCUGCCCAGGAGGAGAAAAAGCAGCUCACCUUGAAGGUGGAGGAACUAGAAAGAAAACUAGAGACAACGAGUGCCCAGAACAUAGAAUUCCUUCAGGUCAUAGCAAAACGCGAGGAGUCGAUCCACCAGUGUCAGCUGCGGUUAGAGGAGAAGACCCGCGAGUGCAGCUCUUUGGCACGUCAGCUGGAGAUGGCCAUUGAGGAUGCCAAAAGACAAGUGGAACAGACUCGAGAACGAGCAGCGUCUAGAGAGAGAAUAGCCCAGUCCAAGAUGUUGGAUUUGGAGACCCAGCUGAGCAGGAAUAAAACAGAGCUGAACCAGCUGCGCCGGAGCAAAGAGGAUGUGAGCAGAGCGCCGGUACGAAAGCCGCCUACAGGAUUUAAAGGAUCGGUUGGAGCAGUCGGAGAGCACCAACCGCAGCAUGCAAAACUACGUCCAGUUCCUCAAGUCUUCCUAUGCCAACGUUUUUGGAGAAAGUGCCUUGCUGGGCUCCCCGAGCCGCUCUCGUUCUUCUCCAUGAGGACAGCCCUCUCUCUGCACCUCAGCUUCUAAGCACAGAAAGAGCCCUAUUUCAAAGCCAUACAGUGUUUGGAGAGCAGGUUGGCAUUUCAGGGUCACUAUGAGGAGUUUUCCUCUUUUUCUUGCAGUGUGAGACAAUAACACGGUGGUGGUGUCUGUCUUCAGUGUAGGGUCUUGGCAAUACUGGUUUGGUGUUGGAGGUUGGCGUUAAACUGUGCCCCAAAACCAGGUGGUUUUGCAUAUGACAGAAAAGGUCCUUUUCAUUCUGUAAGGUCCCGAUGUUUUCAGCUCUUAACCCUUGUCAGGGGUUUGUUGAGCAUGUUCAUGUUUAUAAGAGCUCUUUUCCUUUUCAUGCUUCUUUUUUUCACUCUGUUUCUGUGUUGGGGAGAUCAUGUGGGGCUUCUUGUUUGUGGGAGUUUUUUACAUUUUUUUAAACUAUUGAACAUUGUAUUGAUACAUUGAACAGUAAGAUGGUGGUGGGAGAGGGUUCACCCACCAGCUGUGUGAAGCUGAAAAUAGCUUAAGUGCCUGGACUCUACACUUAGAAGAGAUUAUCUCCUGAACAACCACAGUGUUUAUAAACAGUUUUAUACCAGAAAUAAUGAUUUUGUUUUUUUUUAAUUUAACUUGAUUCUUGUAUGCUCUCUAAUCCUCACCUUUGUUUCCGAGUGUGAUGCUAAUGUUGCUUUACUCUUCUCGUCCUGCUUUCCUCAUCCUGAAUAUGCCCAGGACUGAGCCAAAACCAUCUGAAUUCAAAGGAAAGAUUGCGGUUUAACCUCAGUAGCACUUCAGUUGGGGUCUUGCUGUGAAUGCCACGUGAGUUCAGGGUGUGCAUGAAAUACUGACUUAGUCUUAAGCCAAUUAAAGAGCAGCUACAGAUACUCAACUUCUUCGUCCAACCAGCCUGCACCUUUUCCUGGAAAAUCAGGUCUUCGUUGUGCUGAGUCCCUAAAACUUUCUGGUAAAUGGUUCUUACAGGGGCAAAAAUAAAUACUCUUUUUAUCUCUUUUAUAUCCUAUUUAUGUGCGAUGUGGUCACUGGGCAGUAUUUGUCAUAAAGGUUUUUCUAAGUUAAUUGGUUUUUGAGAGUUUUGUGAUUGUGUUUGUGUGUUUAACACUUUAAAAGUCCUAAAGGUGCUAUGGUAAAACAAACAAUAAAUGGUGUUUUAAUUGGU